AUGGGAUCACCUCUUGGACCGUUCCUUGCAAAUGUUUUUAUGGGCAAAGUUGAGAAGACAAUAUUACAAGAUGCCAUUAAUGACCUCGUCUUCUACGGUCGGUACGUGGACGAUAUCUUUUGUCUGGCGGAUGGUACCACCGAUAUCGAGGACAUUGUCCAAAAGUUCAACAAUGCGCACCCCUCGCUAAAGUUCACUGAUGAGUCCGAGGCAGAUAACGAAAUUGCGUUUCUCGAUGUCCUUCUACACAGGCAGGAGGAUGGGUCUAUCAAGCGCAGGGUGUUCCGAAAGAAAACCUGGGUGAGACAGUACAUUAAUUUCCACAGUUUUGCUCCCCUCAACAUCAAACGAAAUCUAGUCCAGGGAUUGGCAGAUAGAGUGAAGCGCAUCUGCUCACCUGAAGCUAUUGAAGCAGAGCUCCAACAUCUGCAGAACACACUUCGCGAGAACGGAUAUCCAGAAAGAUUUAUCCUCCGAAAUAUUGGGGAACGCAUUGCAAAGCCCACUGUUGCGACUGCAGAAAAGAAAGAUGUAUUCAUAAGACUGCCUUUUGCAGGGGACGCAGCGAGCGAAAUAGUCAGACGGCGCUUAACUACAGCUGUCACGAGAGCAUUCCCCGCGGCGAAUUUACGCGUAUGUUUCACAAACUCUCCCCUCCUACGUUUGGGAGGUAAAGACAGACUACCGCUGGAGGCCACACCAAUGCGUAUUUACUCAUUAACUUGCUCAUGUGGUGCGGGAUACAUCGGCCGCACAAGGAGACGCCUGGUAGAAAGGAUGCGUGAACAUAUGCUCGCCUGACUGAAGAGAGGUGAGACCCGGUAGAUUUCGAGUUCUAUUCUCGCAAAUUUAAUCGAUACGAAUAACCGAGUCGAUGCCAAGGAAGCAUUUCAGGUUGUCUAUCGGACACCAACAAGCUUCUCUAAAGGCCUACGCCAACGGAUACUAGCAACGGCCGAGGCAGUGGCAAUACGGCUAACGAAUCCGGUGCUAUGCUGUCAGAAAACCCUGACACAAGCGCUCUCUGCCGUGGCCAACGCCAACCUCACGUGAUGACGACAUGCCGCCUCAAAUCCCUGAUUACAGUGAUGGGUACUCCGUGUACUCAAUCCAAGAGCACCACUCAAAAACUCGCUUACCCCCCUCCCCCAGCCCUAAGGACCAAAACCCGCCGACCUCGUCAUGCGGGCGGCGUGGGAAAGAUGAGUGUUAAUGACAUAAUUGACCUUGAGACACCUAUAAACACUGUUAAUUUUGUACACUUUCACUCCUUCAUGUAAUUGUAUUGGCCUGACGAAGAAUUACUGAAAACACGUGUUAGCCAACUUGACUUUUCAAGUGUAACAUGGGAAUAUUUGCGGAACUGACACAUAUGUGUCUUGUUUUAGUGGGUUAAAGCCUUUGUAAGCAAUCGACAAAAUUUUAUAAGGAGUCCUACUCACAGAACGUUAUUACUGACAAAGACAAGAGAGACUGGAAUGGCCAUUUCUGGCUUAAUAACCAUCGUCAGCCAAUCAUACUCAACCCCGAGGUGUGGAACACCUGGGGCUCGUACUCACAGCCUGUUAGUUAGAAGUUCAACGCCUCUACCCACUGAGCCAGGGGUCCGUUGUCCUGUCGGUUUCGAUCGGGAAUAUGUACUGGUGGAGGGGCGCUCACCGAUUGUUCGUACGGAAAUCACUCGUUCCCGUAAGGAACAACAAAACAGGUGAGUUCCUUAAGAACGAUCUGUGAGCGCCCCUCCAACAGUUCUACUUAAGUCCACAUUCCGUGCCUCAUUUGCUCCUUCUUAUUCGACUGGAUUCAAUAGUCCAGAUACUCUUUCUUUUCGACACAGCUAACACAUUCCGAAUAUCCACCAACCCUCUCAUCUCCGACCCAAUAAACUUCCCAGCGACCAGCUCGUGCACCACUAGCAGCACCCCCACCGAUAGUUCGACCGUCGCAUCUGAUGAUGUCCAUUGUGUGCUCUACAGCAAGGCGGAUCAGGGACGGUGACUUGUGCGUGAGUCCGUUUAUAGUGGUAGUAGACUUGCACAGCAUCUACCGCUCUCUCAACCUGGAUCCGGUGUCAAGACAGAGUUAAGCAGACCGGAGGUGGGGAGGGCGUAGGUGGCUGGCACGAUCAAGCCCGCACCUUGGCGUCCCACUCCACGCCCCCUGGUCCACACAGAAAAUGACCAGGAGUUUUCGCCAACAACAACAACACUCCAACAGGGGUCGGAAGGACGAGGAUGAUGACUGGGCAACCAUGCCCACCACCUGUAUACCCCGCGGGAGCGGAAGCGCAUCUACCGGCAGGGAACAAGGUGUCAGCGAACUGCCAGCGCAUACGAGGCUGCAAGGGCCAUGGUUUGCCGAUACUGGCACAGCACACGCUUACAGACCGUUUGACCUGCCACUGAAACUGACUUACUAUCCCCAUUCUAGCUCGCCCAUACUGUCACCGCACGUCCACCUCACGCAUCGACCUGCUCGGUCACUUGCGAGUCCAUCACACAGAGGCUGGCGAGUCAGCGUCUGGAACACCAACAUGCACCAGACGAAAUCGCCUCCUCUGCCCCCAUAGCACUCGCACAUUCAGCCAUUGCAUGA